AGGCAGAACCGGUCGACAGACCAGAGGGGAAUUCACAAGCAAAUGUAGAUGUUAUUGUUCCCAAUCAGAAGGCUAAAGACAGCGAUUUGUAUCCAAUAACAAAGUGAACGGUAGUGAAAACUGGAUACAAUAACUACAGAAGAUAUUUGUUCCUCAAGCCCAUUGCUAAUUCUGGGGCUUUUCAGUUGUUUGGCUGCAUACUAGUUACUGCAUCUAAGUUUUAAUUCGUCGAAGGUCAGGAGGCAAGCACAAGCGAAGGAAAAGAGGAGAGAAAUCCGGCUGAAGUGAUGGAUGAGUCAUACCUAUUUCACAAGAUCACUUAUUGUUGGGCCUAUCAGUUGUUUGCCGGAAUUACUGCUGAAUUAAUUGGCUUUGUGAGUGAAUAAUAACCGGGAAAACCAGAAGCUAGCCCUUCAAAAUCCGAGAUUUAGAAACUCUAUGGUCAAAGCUGCCUAGAUAUGAGCGCGCAAAGAGAUAUUAAUGCCCCAAUCCAAUCGUUAAGAAUCGCUUCAUAUAACAUCAGAGGUCUGGAAGGCAAGCAAUACAACAGGGAGCUUAUCAAAUAUCUACGCAACUUCGAUAUCUAUAUCCUACUCGAAACACACACACUUCCGGAUGCUCCGGCCCUUGGGGACUUCGAGAAGCAGCAGCCCGAUUUCGAAUUUUUGCACUGGAAGGAUGCUACGAAGGUCUUUCGUCGAGGCAGGGGUAUCGGUGGGUGUCUAAUAGGCAUUCGGAGAUCGCUCGAGGAGCUUGGCAUAGCCCACUCAACUGCUGAAUCCAAUGGCCUGAAGAUUCUGCAACUGCGCCUGUGUGACAAGAUACUGAGCAUCGUUCCACUUUACAUCCACACCACAGGAUGGGAGGCGGAAUUCGAGCCGGUGAAAAAAGCUUUACGGUCGCCUAUCGCACGAUAAGAAGAGAAAGAACCACGGCCCUUUUCUGGGCUUUUGCGGCGAUUACAAACUUCAAAUUCUGAAUGGCCUGACCCACGGAGACUCGGAGGGGAGCUACACCUACUUCAGCCCGUUGGGCAAUUCCACCAUCGACAUAGCGGCAGUAAGCCAGAAUCUAAUGGCCUCCGUGAUGGACUUCAAGGUGGACCAGCCAGAGGAGGGCCAAACGAGGCAUGGGUCCGAUCACUUACCCAUCUGCCUGCAAGUGGACCUGAACUCCCUGCUAAGCUCUCUAGGCACCAGAGCUUCGCCAAUACAAAGGACAGCCAGGAACGUUGUACAAUUCGAUUCCAGCAUUGUUCUGAGCGAACCGACAUUGGACUCGGAAAUUAGGAUAGAGGAAGUUUUAUUCGCUCUCAGGCACGGCUCUUGGCCUGAGAUUUUCAAAAACCCCCCAAAAGAUAUGGUCGAUACUGUCGCCCAUAGCUGCAACGUUCUUUUCAGCGGAUCUAAACCAAACCAAGUCGCAGGCUUACGAAUUUUAUCAAUUUCGGAUCUCACAAAGAUCGUAAGCAGUAUACUACAUAAAAGGCUGAUCAAAUGGUGCAAAAGAAAGCACAUCUUGAGUAAUUCUCAGAUUUGUUUUUCCGGAAAGUCCUCGAAGACCGACUUUGUUUAUGCCUUGAAAGCAAUGGCCGGAAUGAAGUUGGUCGAAAAAGGAUCCAAAGUUUACUCGUAUUUCGUGCAGUUUGAAUCAGUGUCCUCUGAAAUACUUGAAACACUUCUGUGGCCCAAGCUUCAAAAACUUCGAGUAUCGUCAAAAAUAGUCGACUUCUUAAGAUUUGUAUGCAAGCAGAACCAUUACCGAGACCAACUCCUCGGAUACUUUCAACGCGGCUACAGGGGCCUGCCAGCACUUAUGUUUGCCCUAUACUUAAACGAUCUUCCCGAUGAGUUAAGAGGUGGCCUCGUCAUCGGUGAUCGCCAAAUAAGCAUCCUGAUGCACGCCGAUAAAAUGGCCCUUCUUUCUGGUAGUGCUCCCGGUCUUCAAGAUUUGAUCAACCAGCUGGAAGACUACUGCAAUAAGUGGGGCUUGGUGGUGGACAUGAAGCAGUCUAAAGUUGUGGUUUUUAGGCGAGGUGGUCCGCUAUCUGCAGUUGAGAAGUGGAAUAUAAAAGGACAGCAGAUCAAAACCACUUCUAGUGCCCUAUUUCUCGAUUUCGAAUUCACCUCCUUACUGUCAAGCAGACAACAAGUGCGAAAUAUGAUAUCCUUCGCCAAAAGUCGGCUUGAGGAUUUCAGCAGCGAAUCAGAACCUUGGGUACGAUUAAUGGAGCUUUAUAAGGCCCAAGUUUGGGGAAGUCAUACGUUUAAGGAGAUUGACAAGAUGCAAGCGCACUUUGCUAAGAAAACGAAAAGCAAUUGUUAUAGCCUUAAUGGUCUCGCUCUCGAUCUUCAUCUUCAAUACAUUGGAAAGCAUUACUUCUCCAAUAAUGAAAACUCCCUGGCGCGAUUUCUAACUCACAAGGUAAUAGAGAAAAAUAUUUUGUGGGCAGCACAGCUAAACGAUAUUUGUGAACCCUUUAAAUUGAGAUGGAGGAAUUGUCUGAACUCUGAACUGGAAUGGAACGAUUUUUGUUUGAAUCUUCGCAGCCGCCUUGAAGAAUCCUAAAUUUCAAAUGGAGCUAGACAGAACGGAUUUAAAGACAAAGUUCUUUAAAAAUCCUACAAAAAUGUUGUUAAAAACCCCUUUUAUUAGUUCUUAACUUUCCUUCUUAAUGUUUUGUUACGUUUUAUAAGCAUAGAAAACCUUUUAAUAUAAAUUUAAAAACUUGUUCAUUUGUUUUUAAUUAGUUUUCUGGUCAAUCUUUACAGUUACUUUCUUAAUUUAUAGGCACUAAUAAGAGUACCAUUUAAAAACUGCAUUAUAAGUGAUUGCACACUAAAUAAAAAUAUUUGAAAACAA